UCUCCGGGAGCUCCGCCCGCUGCCGCCGCGCGCCCCCCGGUGCUUCCGUGCGGCCCCGUGAGAAGCGCCCCGGGACCCCCGGUGCCAUUCGCAGUGCCCGUUUCUGGCACCCCCAGAUCCUUUACCACGGGGCUGCGUGCGGUCGGUAUGACCGGCAGGACCCGGCACUUGGCUGCGUUGGACCCCAUCCCGUCGGCCUCUGCCCAGCGUCGUCCUCGAGCGGUGGGGCUCCUGCAGCCCAGUGCCUGUGUCCCAACCCCGGGCUGAGCGAGCGGCUCUGGCUGUUAAAGACAGACGCAAAGAAGGCACAGAGACCCUCACGCUUUCUUCAGCAACAUCGUUCCCCGGUGCACCCAAUGAAAGAUGAGGGUUCGCCUCAGUCCUUUUGCAACCCAGUGCCCACGUGAGCUGUGCAGGGGCAGCGCUGCCAAGGUGGGACCCUCUGCAUGGCGAUGGAGGGCUGCAGGGAGAAGCAGCAGGGCUGGAACACAGCCCAGCUGCCAUCCAUCCUGCAGGACGCGGCGUUGAGUGUUCAGGUAGAUGUGCUGACCUUCCCCAAGCACGACUCCGGCUUCCUCUGGAGGCAGAAGAGGGACUGGGUCAUCCCCCCCAUCAGCUGCCUCGAGAACCACCGGGGGCCCUACCCCAUGAAGCUGGUGCAGAUCAAAUCCAACAAGGACAAGGAGUCCAAGGUGUACUACAGCAUCACGGGGCAGGGCGCGGACAGCCCGCCCGUGGGCAUCUUCGUCAUCGAGCGCGAGACGGGGUGGCUGGAGGUGACCGAGCAGCUGGACCGGGAGAAGAUCGAUCGCUACACCCUCUUCUCCCACGCCGUGUCGGCCAGCGGGCAGCCCGUGGAGGACCCCAUGGAGAUCAUCAUCACGGUGAUGGACCAGAAUGACAACAGGCCCGUGUUCAUCAAGGAGGUCUUCGUCGGCUACAUCGAGGAGAACGCGAAGCCGGGCACCUCCGUGAUGACCGUGAACGCCACGGACGCAGACGACGCGGUGAACACCGACAACGGCAUCGUCAGCUACUCCAUUGUCAGCCAGCAGCCGCCCAGCCCGCACCCGCAGAUGUUCACCAUCGACCUGGCCAAGGGCAUCAUCAGCGUGCUGGGCACGGGGCUGGACCGGGAGACCACUCCCAACUACACACUGAUUGUCCAGGCCACGGACCAGGAGGGCAAGGGCCUGUCCAACACCGCCACGACCAUCAUUGAGGUCACGGAUGCCAGCAACCCCAGCAGCGAUGACAUCCUGAAGACCAACAAGGCUCCAGAUAAGCCUGAGAUGCUGAGCGGUUCCCUGACCACACACGUGCUGAACACGGCCACAGGGCUGCCCGCUGCCGGCCUCGCUCUGCGCCUGACACAGCUGGGAGAGCCAGGGGAACAGUGGACAGAGCUGGCACAGAGGUGGACGGAUGCAGAUGGACGCUGUUUGCCCCUCCUGCCCCCUGGGCAGGCUGAGGCUGGCACCUAUAAACUGCGCUUCGAGACAGCAGCUUACUGGAAAAGCCUGGGGUACAGCAGCUUCUACCCCUUCGUGGAGGUACCGUGGGCUGAGCAUGGGGUCUGGGGUGCUGCUAAGAGCCAGCUCUGGUCACAGCAGGAGCUGCAGGGGUUCGCAUGCUGUGUCCAUGCUUGCAGGAGCUCACAAUCCUCAACCACGCUCCUGCUGCACUGCCAGCACUGCUUGCAGGGCUGCCCAGGCUACAGGCAGAAGAAGGCGGUGCUUUUGGCCGUGACUAUAACCCACUCACCACCUCCCUGCUCUCCCCUAGGUUGUCUUCACCAUCACUGACCCAGCCCAGAAGCUGCAUGUCCCACUGCUGAUCAGCCCCUACUCCUAUACAACGUAUCGGGGCAGCUAGGGCAAGGCAUAUCCUUGCUCCAGUGCC